AUUAAUCUCUACGCUUCUCUCUCUGCAAUUACUCAUUGAGAGCAUCUCUCUCUAGAAUAUAGAGUAUUGCUGACUUGAGCGUCGGAGUGUUUUCCCUGAGGAAACAUCCUCGGGAUUUUCAGGUGUAGAAGUAGCUGAAGACUUCAACAGUGUUGGAUUGUGAAACUGCCCAAACAUUUGGCGCCGUCUGUGGGAAACUGAACAAGAAGUUGUGUGACUUAACCUGUUGAAAGACAAAAUGGUCCGUACCUUUACAGGAGGUCGCCUUCCAAGAAACGAAAUGGACGAACAGGAGGACACUCACGUAUCUGAGCCCGGUUUGAAUGACUUUAGGCCAAUGCCAAGAAAUCUUUUUGUAGCGGGAGCCGAACAGGAACACCUAAGGGAAACCGAUGAUGAUGAAAGAACACCAACGGGGUAUGCAACCCAGCCUGAACAGUUCCAAGUUCCAACAGGAACAAGGUCAAGACCUUCUAGACCAUACAAUUCACAGCGUGAACGACCUGAAAGGUCAACAGAACCUGCUUGGACAACCGAGCUCGAAGAGAGAACCAGAAUCCUGGAAAUGGCAAUGGGUAAAAUCCUUGCCCGCCUGAUUCCGGAUGACCCCCUGAUUCCUCUGUUAAACAGGGAUGCACAACCAGCUACGGUGGUUGCAACUCGAAACUCCCCUGCUCUAAGCAACGUAGUGGUGCCGACCAGGCCAAGGGGAAGUGGGAAGUUGAAUAACGAACCCAACUCGUCCAAACAUAGUGAAGAGUUGAUGAGAAAAAACGCAGACCUUGAAAGGCAGCUGCGGGACGUACAGAAGUCCAUUGACGAGCUGAAAAGUCCUAGGUCGCACCAACAAACCCUUGAUUUGGAUAGUGCUCCAUUGAACCUAUCCAUCAUAGCAGAACCAUAUCAAGAGGGAUUUAAGAUUCCCCACCUAGAGACAUAUGAUGGCUCGGGCGACCCAGAUGAACAUCUGCAUACCUAUCAAGCCAUCAUGAGGAUUCAAAAUGCCAAUGAUGCCAUGAUGUGCAAAGUGUUCCCAGCGACACUGAAAUCAACAGCUAGAAGAUGGUAUCACAAACUCCCCAGAGAUUCUAUAGACUCAUACUCUCAUCUCGCCAAGCUAUUCUCCAACAAAUUCGCGAGCCAGAGAGAGAUCAAACGCACAGCCACCGAGCUGAUGCAAGUUAAUCAAAGGGAAGGGGAAUCUCUGAGGGACUACAUGCAGCGAUUCAACAAAGCCACUUUGGACAUUGACAACGUCCCAGACACCAUUUGUCUAUCUGCAUUGCUACAUGGCUUGAAGCGUGGUCGGUUCCUAGACGACCUGCUGGAGAACCCACCCAGGACUUGGAACGAAGUGAAUGAUAGGUCGGCUAGCUUCAUAUUAUCAGAAGACUUCCAGUCGUCCAAGAGACGAGCUGAUGAUAAGCAAAGCAAAAUCCAGGAACAGCCACCGAGAAGGGAAGAAAAGAAGAAACAGAAAGUCGGCGAGCAGUGGGGGAAGCUCGCUGACUUCCCAAAGUAUGCCAAUUACAUUCCUUUAACCCUGCCAAGGUCCCAAAUCCUUGCGCAAAUCCAGCAUUGGGUUAGGAGACCCCCGCCUCCAUUGCAUGAUUCCCCAAGAGCAGAUAAGAGCAAACAUUGUGACUACCAUCGUGUGUAUGGCCACAAUACAAAAGACUGCCAACACUUGAAGGAUGAGCUGGAAUUUCUGGCUCGCAAUGGAAAAUUAGAAGGAUAUGUUCAGAAGCCCCACGCCCAACUACCCGCUCAAACUCAUUUUGUGCAGGGUUACGACCGACCUCAAGGGCAGAGGUACCAGCUCGACGGGGCACAGAAUGUAUAUCAGGAUAGCCAGUAUCCUUCUGACCAGGGAAGGGCAUACCGGGGACGUCCGUUCAACAGGAGAGGACAGGGGCAGAGGGCUGCUGCCCAGAACCAAAAGGAUAAAAAGGGGGUAGGCUAUGCUGGGAUACCCCCGCCCUCGGGUACAUUAAACAUGAUAUCGCGCGGUGUUCACUCUGGGGGCCAAAGCGCCCGAGCCCACAAGGCAUACGCCAGACAGGUGAUGACUGUCAACAAAAACAGACCCUUGAAACGACCAUUUGAGGAAGCAGAAUGGGAAAAUACGCCCAUCAGAUUCAGCCCGGCAGAUUACGAGCGAGCAGAAGGAGAGCCUGACAUUAUGAUGCCCCAUGCCGAUCCCUUUGUGGCAACAGUUCAUAUAGGCAAUCAUAAUGUCAAUAAGGUGUUUAUUGACAUUGGCAGUUCACCAGAUAUCCUGUACUGGGGUUGCUUCCAGAAGAUGCAGCUAAAUCCGAGCUCGCUGCAGAAGCACGAAGGGCCAAUAUACGGGUUUGAUAACCAGCCCGUCCCGGUUGAGGGAGUUAUUACUCUUCCUAUAUAUGUGGGCUCAGAACAGCGCUUCAGGAUGGCUUCUGUCACUUUCCUGGUCGUUAAGAUGGAAUCAGCUUUCAAUGCUAUAUUGGGAAGAGCCACUCUGUGCGAGCUGAAGGCUGUUAUCUCACAGCCCCAUCUCUGUAUGAAAUUCCCAACUCCUCAGGGGGUAGGAGUGCUGAAAGGGAAUCAGAAGAUGGCCAGAGCCUGUUAUCAAGACACGUUCAAGAAGGUCGAGCUCGCUGUAGCCCGGGCGAGUGCGGAAGGUCGUAAGCCAACCCAGCUCGGUCAACAGACAAUGAGUAUAUCAAACAUUGAGCAUCGACCUGAGAGCGUUGAGCAAAAGGCAGAGCCAGUAGAGCCAGUGGAAACGAUGCCUUUAAACCCGGAUGUGCCGGAGAGAACAGUGAAGAUCGGCACUAAACUCACAAAGGAAGAGCAGGCAGAACUUCUGGAAUUUCUGAGGAAUAAUCAGGAUGUAUUUGCGUGGACUACGGAUGAAAUGCCUGGCAUCCCAGCAGAAUUGACAGUCCACAAGCUCAGCACGGACCCCACCAGAAGGCCGGUGGUGCAAAAACACCGCCUUUUUGGCCCUGAGAAGCAAGCUGCCAUUGACGAGGAGAUACAAAAGCUGCUACAGGCAAGCUUCAUCAGAAGAGUGGAAUACUCUGAAUGGGUCUCCAACCCUGUGCUCGUCAAAAAGCCAAACGGCAAAUGGAGGAUGUGUAUUGAUUUCACCAAUCUCAAUGACGCAUGUCCAAAAGACCCUCACCCGUUGCCAAACGUAGAGAAGUUAGUAGAAAGGGCAGCAGGACAAGAACGGAUGAGUUUUCUUGACGCAAGCUCGGGUUACCACCAGGUCCAGUUGUUGCUAGACGACCAGGAAAAAACAGCUUUUUACGCUGGUGACGCAAUUUACUGCUAUGUCAUGAUGCCGUUCGGCCUCAAAAAUGCUGGAGCAACAUACCAAAAGCUGGUGCAAAUCAUCUUUAAGCUCCAGAUCAGCAGAAACAUAGAAGUGUAUGUAGAUGACAUGAUAGUCACCAGCGUGCGAGCUGAGGAUCACAUUGGCGACCUGGAUGAAACUUUUCAAAACUUGCGCCGAGCACAAAUGAAGCUGAAUCCCUUGAAGUGUACGUUUGCUGUGGAAUCCGAGAAAUUCCUAGGGUUUAUAGCCAGAUCGGCAGAAAGGUACCUUCCGUUCUUCAAAGCUCUGCAGGAGCCUAAAAACUUUCAAUGGACCGAUGAGUGUCAACAGGCGUUUGACGAGCUCAAACAGUAUUUGGCAUCCGCACCCCUGCUGUCCAAGCCUGUCGAUGGGGAAUGUUUAUAUUUGUAUCUGGGGGUCACAGAAGAGGCAGUGAGUUCGAUUCUACUGAGGGAGGAGAAUAAGAAUCAGAAGCCUAUCUGCUAUGUGAGCAAAGUUUUACAGGGCGUCGAACAGAAUUAUCCAUUAGCAGAGAAGGCUGCUUUUGCCCUGGUUUACACAGCUCGUAAGUUGAGAGCCUACUUCCAAUCACACCAAAUUGUUGUCUAUACCGAUUUGCCGUUGAGGAAGAUACUGCAAAAACCAGAACUCUCUGGUCGGCUGAUUGGAUGGAGCAUCGAGCUGAGUGAGUACGAUCUCAAAUUUCAGCCGCGCACAACCAUAAAAGGCCAGGCCAUUGCAGACUUUCUGGUAGAAUGCAUCUCGGCGACGGAGGGAGAAAAGGCACCCGAUUACCCAGUCUGGGUUCUGUAUGUUGAUGGAGCUGCUAACAUUGAAGGGUUAGGUGCUGGAGCUGUGUUGAUAGGCCCAGAUGGUUUUAAAUCUGAGCAUGCAUUGCGGUUUAAGUUCCAAACCACUAACAAUGCUGCCGAUUGUGAAGUUAGGGAUCCCCAACUUGGCCAUUAUACCUCUGUGGUCAACAGAUUGAAGUCAAGAUUUGCUUCGUUUCAGAUCGACAAAAUACCAAGAGCUGACAACCACCGAGCUGACGAGCUGUCGAAGUUGGCCUCCUUGCAGGACAUUAACCCUCAGAGAUCAACAAUUGUCGAGGUACUCGACGCACCGAGCUACACUGAUUUCACAGUCGAGUGUCAAUUGCUGAGUACAGAUCCCUCUACACCGAGCUGGACCACCCCGCUUAUAAAUUAUCUACAAAGUGGCGAGCUACUUGAAGACCAGUUCGCUACAAAGGUGAUUAAACGCAGGGCGGCACAUUUCACUGUGUUAGAUAACCAGCUCUACAAGCGAGCAGCCUCAAUGCCCCUAUUACGCUGCCUUACUCCUUACGAAGCUGAAUACGCCGUGAGAGAAGUUCACGAGGGAGUAUGUGGCACGCACAUCGGUGGCAGAACUUUAGCUCGGAAACUACUGAGGCACGGUUAUUACUGGCCCACUAUGGUCGAGGACGCACAGAGCUAUGUCAAAAAGUGCCCGACCUGCCAGUUCAAUGCUGAUGAUAUUCACAUGCCAGGGGAAAUGCUAUCAUCUUUUACAUCUUCUUGGCCUUUUGCUCAAUGGGGUGUCGACCUGCUCGGCCCUUUCAUCAAAGGCAAAGGAGGCUGCACUUUCCUGGUCGUUGCAGUGGAUUACUUCACUAAGUGGAUAAAAGCUAAACCAUUAUCCACGACAACAGAAAGAAAAAUAGAAGAAUUCUUGUUCAAUUCUAUAUUGUGCAGGUUCGGCAUACCUAAGCGGAUUAUCGCCGACAAUGGGCCACAGUUUCGAGCAGCGGCGUUGAGAUCGUUUUGUAACGAUUAUGGCAUUGAGCUCGCCUUGACAUCUGUGUACACUCCACAGUCCAAUGGGCAAUCCGAGUCCGCCAAUAAAAUCGUCUUGCGAGGCCUUAAGACACGUGUUUUGGCUGCGCAUUCUAAUUGGGUUGACGAGCUCAAUAAAGUGCUUUGGUCUUGUCGCACCACACCCAGCUCGGCCACAGGCGAAACCCCUUUCAGCCUGGCCUAUGGAGCUGAAGCCGUCAUCCCAGUGGAGGUUGGAUUGCCAUCCGAUAGAUCAGAUCGUCAUGACGAUUAGAAUAAUGAACAACUCUUAAGAGAGAACCUAGACUUUGUGGAAGAAAUCAGGGAGAUGUCCCGAAUAAGAAACAUGGCACAUCAAA